AUGCUACUGCUUCUCACUUGUCAGAGGAAAGAAAGAGGGAUGAAGUGUUUUCCGGCAGAAUGUGCAUUGGGUUGGUGGAGGUCUACACAAGGAGGUGAGGUUUUGCUUUUAGACUUAUCUUCCAUAUUUGUUGCCGAUUUUUAUUUAUUGGCUGGUGUGUAUGGGAAGAAAUGGAUUAUAUCAAGCCGCAGCAUUACCUCCGACUGGGUAUAUAGAGGGGAAACUCCAGAUCUACCUAUUUUAAUCAAGUUUGUUUAUUCAUUAAUAGCAUUAAGAUGGCACUUAAUUUUAAAUGAAUUUUAUAUUGAAAUUUUCGCAAUCAAUCUCAUUUUUACCUGGUAG